AUGGCAACCACAACGCGCCUAGAAAAAUCAUAUUCCUCAAUCGAGACAGCAAAGGGUGCGCAAGACAAUCCGCUCAAUACUUCCGAUGGGAUCCAGAACAAUCGAGUACUUCUAUCAUACGAGGAGAUACCGGAGUGGUACAAAGAUAAUGAAUUCAUUCAUGGUGGUUACCGUCCAGUAUCAUUUUCUACUCCCGCCUGCUUCGCUAGUUGGUUGUAUCUACACAACGAGACCGUGAACAUCUACUCCCAUUUGAUACCGAGUAUGUUCUUCGCUACUGCCGAACUCGCAAUGUACAUUUAUAUUCGGUCUCAGUACCCGGAAGCGACCGCUGAAGAUCACCUCGUUUUCGCAUUCUUUCUGUUGACAGCUGUCAUCUGCCUGGCAUUUUCGGCAAUUCUUCAUACACUUUCAAGUCACUCGAGAGGUGUCUGCGAAUAUUGGUUACACCUGGAUUUUAUUGGGAUAAUUAUCUUGACUCUUGGAGAUUUUGUUUCUGGAAUAGAUAUGAUAUUUUACUGUGAGCCAAUGUUGAAACGAAGCUAUUGGAUAAUGACUACUACGCUCAGUCUUUCUGCUGUCUUCAUACUACUCAGCCCGAAAUUUCAAGGACCACAAUGGCGGACCUUCCGUGUUGGUGCCUUUAUCGCAACUGGUCUCUCAGGCCUUGUCCCCAUCGCCCAUGGUAUCAGCAUAUUUGGCUUCCAUCAAAUGACCAAAAAAUCCGGAAUGCCAUACUAUCUUGUUGAAGGGUGGCUUCUGCUUCUAGGGGCCUUUUUUUAUACGACGCGCAUACCCGAAUGCUUAGCACCUGGUAAAUUUGACCUCGUCGGAUCAUCUCAUCAGAUUUUCCAUAUUCUAGUGGUGAUUGCUACCUUGGUGCAUUUUGGGGGAAUCAUCUCUGCAUUUGAUUUCAACUACCACCAUCUUGUCUGCAAAGAGUUUCCACACAGCUGA